AUGAACAAGAUCAUAGUAUUCCAAAAGCCUAACUUCCAAGGCAUCUACAAGGAGUUCACCUCCACUCAGAAGGACCUGAAACAGUGGAACUUUCAUAGGUGUAUCCAAUCUGUAAAAGUUAUUGGUCAGCCAUGGCUGCUAUAUAAUGUACCCAACUGUAAUGGGGACAACUGUGUCUAUGAGGAGGGGGACCACCCUAAGAUUAAAUGGGCCAGGAUAAUCCAAAGUCUGGAGCUUAUAACCGAUGACCUCACUGAGCCCAAGCUCACUCUGCACUUUAGGGAUCAUUCCAAAGAUUUCAUUGGGGAGACAAAUUUAAAAUAUGGUUAUAAUAAUAACCAAGCAAUUGGUUGCCAGGUACAAAGAGGAGCAUGGGUCCUGUAUGACACACCAAACCUGGAAAAGUCAGGCUACUACGUGGUCCUUCCUGCAUAUAAGAAGAUAGAUCUGGUUACAGAACAAUUUGCUAAUAUGGUGUCCUAUGUGAGACCUCUAAAACCAGGAAAAGCAAAGGUCACCACUAAGGUUCUAUGGGAUGAGUUACAAAAAGGGGAUGAGGUGGUAAAAGCAAUCAAAUCCCUAACUGGGGAGAACCACUCGACAGAGGAGACAGAUUUUUUGGUCAUCAGUGGGAAAUCAGUUAAAGCAACUAUGUCAUACAACUUUAAAUUUUCCAAUAGUACCUCAGUGGAAGUUGGACUAUCAGGAAAAAUCCCACUGAUUGGCGAGGUCAGCGCCAGUGUCUCAACAAACUUCACAUUCGAUACAGGGAGGUCCGAAUCUAGUAAAGUAACCACAAACAUUGAUGUUGAGGUGCCAGCUACCAUACCCCCAAAGAGCCGGCUCAUUGUCAAUGUCAUGAGAAAGAAGUAUACAGCACGAGUUCCUGUAGAAGUGACGGUGCAAAGAAACAAUAUCAAGAGCAUCAUCAUGGGGGAGCUGGUUUGUGAUUCAGGCCGCACAAUCUAUGCAGAGUAUGACACAGAGGACCUGUAG